UGUAGGAGGUUUGUGACUUAGAGUAGCAACAAACAUUGUAGGUGCAGCUUGGGCUCAUCAGGUUUCUGUAUUACAAGUGAGCAGACUUUAUUCCAGCGACGACACACAGCCAUGCCCUUACGACCAAGGGCGUCUUCUCAACCUGGAAGAGCAAACACUCUUCCGAGCUUCAAACCCUUUCCAAUCCUGCGUCCAAGAGCUUCGUCUUCUCACACCAAAUCGCCUUUGGAGGAUGAGCUGUCUUGUCCAAUUUGCUGUGAGAUUUUUACCGACCCUGUUGUCCUGAAGUGCAGCCACAGUUUCUGUCGCCUUUGCCUUCACCUGUUCUGGAACAAGAAAUCACCCAAGAGGGAAUGUCCAGUGUGCAGGAGGAAGUGUACGCCGUCUGAGCCCACUGUGAGCUUGGCUCUGAAGAAUGUGUGCGAUGCUGUCUUACAGGAGCAGAAAGUAUCUGUUGGAGUGCCAAGUAUAGGUUCAUCCAACAGGACGCCCAAACCGGAGGCUCUUUGUGCCACUCACGGGGAGGGACUCAAGUUGUUCUGCCAAUCUGAUGAAGAGGUUCUCUGCUGUGUUUGUCAGACAUCCAAGAAACACCAAGGCCACAGUGUGUGUCCUUUGGAAGAGGCGGCAAAGGAUCUCAAGGAGGAAAUGAGGCAGAUUGUAAUUCCUCUAAAGAAAAGUCUAAGACGCCUGUAUGAGGCCAAACAAGAAUGUGAUGACAUAACUGUCCACAUAAAGAACCAAAGGCAACAGACAGAGAAACAAAUUCAUGAGGAGUUUGAAGAGCUACGGCAGUUUCUUCUGAAGGAGGAAUCUGCAAGGAUUGCUCUUCUGGCAGAAGAAGAGGAGACAAAGAAACAGGCCAUUAAGAAAUCAUCAGACACAAUCUCUCAUAAUAUAAGCACAUUUUCCCAAGCUGUUGUGGCCAUAGAAAAUGAGAUUGCUAAUGAUGACAGCCUCUUUUUACAGAACUACAAGAAUGUCAAAACAAGAGCUCAGAUAACAUUCCACGAACCAGAAAAAGUCCCCAAUUCUCUAAUCAGCGUUGCGGAGCACAUCACCUCCCUGAAGUUCAGAGUGUGGGAAAAAAUGCAGAAUCUUGUGGAAUGCACUCCAGUGACGCUGGACCCCAACACAGCCUACCCCUGUUUGUCUCUCACCAAGGACUUGACAAGUGUGUCCAACACAGGGACAAUGCAAAAGUUGCCAGAUAACCCUGAGCGCUUUGACCACCUUGUUUUUGUACUGGGCUCCAAGGGUUUCUCUUCUGGAUGUCAUUCCUGGGAGGUGGAGGUGGGCAAAAAUAAUGACUGGGUAAUCGGUGUGGUGAAAGCAUCUGUAGCAAGAAAAGGCAAGAUCUCAGGCUGUCCAGAAGGAGGAUUCUGGACCAUUGCUCUCUCAGAUGGGCAGUACACAGCCAUGACCACUCCACGAACACAGCUCAAUCUGAAGGGCCACUUAGAAAGGGUUCGGGUGAAGAUUGACUAUGAUGCUGGAGAGGUCAGCUUCUUUGACUCAGUGGAUGUUGCACCUCUCUACACAUUUACUGACCAUUUUACUGAGAUGAUGUUUCCUUUUUUCUGUCCGGGGGCGAAUAUAAAUAGGAACAAUUCAGGGCCACUGAAAAUCUGCUCAGUGAGAGUGGCAGUGUGGAACAGUGGCUCCUGGUGAAAGUUAGCUGUAUGCUAGCUUUAUUUAUUCAUCUUAUGCACCAUUAUUACAGUACCAGUCAAAGGUUUGGAGAAAUUGAUUGUAAUGUUUUUAGACUGUAGAAUCAAGGUCAACUCCUUGACCUUGACUGUAGAAUAAAAUGUGUUGCUCUUUAUUUUGAUAAUCCCAUUAGACAUUCUGUUGAUUGUUUAAUGGCCUGUUUCCACUGAGCAGUACGGUUGAGUAUGGUAAAUAUUUAUUUCAGUUUUUACCGUCAAAGGUACCAAAAUAUCAAACUACACCAUACAACUUUCUUGCCACCCUAUCCUAGAUGUGCUCCUGAAUGCUAUUUGCUACAGAUCAUGCAACAGGCCAGGAGAAUGACAACACAGGAAGAGUUUACCCAUACUUGUCUUGUGAAAAACAGCCACAUGCCAAGGACCAAGAACAGGAUCUGCUGUAUGCCCUCCAUUGUUGUUUAUGGCACCAUUCACAUGUCAAAUCUUAAAACAUGUCGAAAGCAAGAACUUCCUUUCAAAUGCAGAAUUACGUUUGAGGAGAUAUGUGAAUGACCCAUACAGCUUUCUUCAAAUGAGAAUGAUAUCAAACUAAACUUUCUGGCACAUACAAUUCUUAAACAGUAGGGGUACUGUUGAUGUUAGAAAUGCAAGCCUGAUCAGGCUAACUCGCACUGAAUGUUUCUGUACUGUGCUGUACUGUUCUGGACCAUAUGGCUUAGUGGAAACGAGGCAUAUGUAACUUUGCAAGUUUUUUAGGUCUAAAUCUAAAGGCGCGUACACACCAGGACGCUUUUCACUCACGUUUAUCGUCAGCAUUUUUUCAAGAAAUUUUUUUUGCAUUCAAACACAGGCGAUUUUCAUCAGCGUUAAGCAAAGUGAUCGUGCAAAAUCACCCCCUGCUGUUAGAUGGUGCUUAAUAAAAUUGCAAGUCAUGAAAGAAACGUGAAAUGAAACUCAUCUACCAUCAAAUCCCAUUUAAUCCUCUCCACUCCUACUGACAUUAUUGUAGUUGCUGUUGGGUUUAUCAUACAGCUCUUAGUGUUCAGACACCAAUGUAAAAAGCAGCUCCACAUUCAUCUUGCCUCGGUGCAUCUUCUUCUUUACUGAAUGAAAGUGAAACUGUGUUCACCUUGACUGUUUUGCUCUUGAGUGCCUCUAAGUGGUGUUUACUGUAACUUCAGCAGCUCCAGGCACAUUAACAAAAGUGCCAAUCUGAUUCGUGGAGAAUUUCCCAGUGAUGGGUUGCAUCCGCUGUGUAAAACAUGUGCUGUAUAAGUUGGUGGUCAUUUUGCUGUGGCGACUCCAAAUUAUUAAAAGGACUAAGCCGAAAAGAAAAUGAAUGGAGUAGACGAAAUAAAACGAGCAUUAGGUGUUUCUUUAAAGGGCACAUAUGUUACCCCUUUUUUCAUAUUUAAUAUAAGUCUUUUGUGUCCCCAGAAUGUGUCUGUCAAGUUUUAGCUCAAAACACACAUCAGAUUAUAUAUUAUAGCUGUUUAAAGUGUCUAUAUUAUAGCUGAAAAAAAGUUUUUGUUGUUUUAUUGUACUGGCCCUUUAAGGCUAGUCCUCCCCGCCCACCGUUCCCACGUGCCUGUCAGCAAUCGCCACCCUCGGCUGCCUCAGAAAGCAGAUCUGACAUAACGUGUGUGAGAAAUACUACAGUAAGAACUUUAGCAAUCAGUAUUUGAUGCAUAUUUUUGUGGAGUUGCAACAAUGAGUCACACACAAUGUCAUUACAAAGUUCACGCACACACACAGCGAGGACACACACACAUAUAGCACAGACACAUACACGCAGACACACGCACACACAUAGCGUAGACACACACACACACAGAGAGAGACAGCGCGUUAAGCUUUGCACUCGUUUUGCACGCAUAUGUGACAUGAUACUGGUAAUCUCCACUGCUGUAUGGAUAUCUGUUAUGUUAAUGUACAAAAUAAACCUGAUUUAACAUCCACAAAC